AUGCACAGUGCUGAAGCGCUUUUCGAAGCUGACGGGAUCAGUCGAGGUCUGGUGACUUCGUUUGAACUCAUCCGCACUGGUGGUACUACAAUCGUUCGACAGAGGCUGAAGCAUCAUAUUGACGAGCGUGAUGGAGCGCUCAAAACGAAAACAGCCCAAGUCCAGAAACGAUUACAAUGCAUCAUUCUCAUCGCAAACUUCCGAGUUGACAGCGACAUGCGCAAGAUAGUGAUGAAUCCGAGGGCCAAAAACAACACUGAGCCUCUCGCGCCGUCAAGCCGCCAUGAACUUUUCUACGGCGCCAUUGAUCUACUACAAAAAGACACUGAAUCCGUACUUUACGGCUUCGAAGACAUCUUCCCGUUCCAAUCCUCCGAGUCCAACAGGCUGAUAACAUUUUUCACCGAUCCAAAUCUGCAGAAUCCUUUAUGCGCACCUUGGUUCGAUGUGGAGAUCAUAUCUGAUCGAGCGCCGAUUGACCCUGUUAUAGGCCCUGCGGAAGGAUACCACAUGUGCGUCAAUCAGCAAAACGGCAUAAGCUGGCAUCAAGCUCGGACUGGGAAUACACGCUUGCUUGUUCGAUUUUCUGUGCCCAGGGAGGGAUGCCAGAAGGUUGCCACGAAGCUUUUCUACUGUAUCAUUAGGGAGUCGCCUGAUGGGAUAGAUGAGGAUCUAUUGUGGACGCCAUAG